UCUAGCAACCGAUAUGAAGCUGCUAAUAUUAUUAUCGAUAGUAGCAUGUAGCUAUGGGGAUAAAUUAGAUAGAACGUAUCUUCCACCGGCAAAUGCAGGCUCUGCUGGUGGUAGUCCGGGAGCGUUAACAGCUCCAGGCUUGUCGAAUUUCGGGCAGACAGGACCAGCCACACAACCAUUUGCACAACCUAUUGGACAGCCUUCCAGACCUAAUUCUUUCGGUCAAGCUAAUCAACAAACACCAGGACAGCAAGAGUCAGGGUCUUUGAAUUUUGAAUCAAACCGGCCAUUUGGUUUUACUUCUGGAUCUGGUGCGAGAAAACUCAGCCCGGUGUAUGGACCUGCUGACAGCAGACCAAACCAAGGAAAUAAUGGCAUCUUUUCUGGUUUUGGACCAAGUAAUUAUCAAGGUGAUAAUCAGGCACAAUCUUUGGGGAUUUCCAAUACCCCCAAUGAAUUGGGUCAGCAACCAUUUGGACCCAAUGCUGCUUCACCCUUAGGAUACAGCCAGAUAAACGGUCAAAACUUUGUAGGAAGUUCUUCACAACCUGAACGCCCUCAGGCGGCUGCUGAUAGAAACGCUGAAAUCCUUAGUUAUGUCAACGAAAACGACGGGGACAGAUUUACUUACAGGUUUGAAACAUCUAACGGAAUAACUGCUGAGGAAACAGGUGUAGCUUCUGGUGGUGUUAAAGCUCAAGGAGGUUAUUCCUAUACUGGUGAUGAUGGAAAAUCUUACACUAUUACGUAUACUGCCGAUGAACAAGGUUACCAACCACAAGGAGAACAUUUACCCACACCUCCCCCAAUUCCUGAGGAAAUAUUGAAGUCGAUAGAAAAAAAUGCGCAAGCUGCCGCAGCUGGCACACAAGAAGGUGCUUACCGUCCAGAAGAUUAUGAAAACGAAGAUAAUUCCCAAGGUUAUUCAGGCGCUACGUCUAUAAACAAGCCUCAGGGACAAGACCAGUUUUCAUCUCAACAAUACACCGUCCCACUCGAUAAACCAGCAAGAUCUCAAAUCGGAUUGCAACAAACAAAACCUGAAUUACAAAAUGUACUGACAAGUGAGGAUAGUUAUAAGGAUAGACUCACAAAUGGAGUGUCGAGUUUUGAUCCGAUCAGGUCUUCCAAUCAGAAUGUAGGCUCAACUAACCAAGCUCAGUCACAGAGAAGACCUGGCUACGAGUACUCUCGCCCUCAGAAGACACAGGCCAAUAAACAAGCGUUUGGUAGUCAGUCAGGUCAAUCUGGUCCCCAGUUUAGCUCCCAAAUCCCUUCAAACUCUCCAUUUUCAAAAUCAGGAAAUGGACAGGACUUAAACCGUUUUAACGGUGUCUCCAGACCUGAGUCUCAAAGGACACCAAGUGGGCAAGACUAUUUUAAACCAAGUCAAUUGUCACAAUAUCAGCAAUCUGGUUUUAAGUCUACUUCAAACCAACCAGGUCAGGGACCGCAGUCCCAAUCACCUCAAGGUCAAAAUUACAACCAAGAGGCUUCAGAUUAUCAGUAUCAACCAGUAAAAUCAGGUUUUGGCGUAACAGCGCGACCAAGUAUCCCUAAUCAGCCAAGUCUUCAAAACCAGGUAGACCAGGGUGUCACUCCUCAGGACGGAAAUCAAUAUCAAACCAACCCAUUAAACAAAUUUUCGAACAGACCUUCUUCAAACAAACCAGGAUCAUCGCUGCCUAGUUUCAACAGACCAACCCAAGAUCAAGGAUCAAAACCGGUUUUCCCAUCUGCGAACCAACCGGAACAGUUCAGUGGACCUCGUCAACCACCAAGCUAUAACCCAGAAGAAGGCUACAAAUACUAG